AUGUCGGUCCGCCCAGCGGAAUGUCGGGCGAGUGCUCAUGAUCUCAAGAAUCCAAUCCUCUUCAAUGCCAUAAAAGCAUUUUCACCUUUAAGGAUGAGAUUAGGAGGCACUCUCCAGAACAGAUUGAUCUACCAAACCCGAGCCAUCCCGUGCGUUCCAUUCUCCCGAAACACGACUCAGUUAUUCGACUACACCACGGGAUGCAUGCCAUUGACUAGAUGGGACGAGCUCAAUUCCUUCCUCGCCCGAGCAGGGGCUAUCCCCAUUUUCGGACUCAAUCCUCUAACCGGAAAAAUUAUAGAGCGAGAUAACAAUGCUACGGGUCCUUGGGACCCGACCAAUGCAGCAUCACUCAUUCGUUAUACAGCCGAAAAAGGUUAUAACAUCCACGGAUGGGAGCUUGGGAAUGAAUUAGGAGGACGGCCAAUACUAGGGGUGGCAAUCGGCGUCAAUCCGUACGUGCACGACACAUCUGUCCUUCGAGAUGUAAUACAAGAGAUAUACAAGGGGUCCCGUGAUAAGCCGCUGGUCAUUGCACCCGGAGGAAUAUUCGAACCCAGCUGGUUCAGUAGCUACAUACCCAAGAUGAAUGGGAUACUGGAUGUGAUCACCCACCACACGUACACUGUCGGCUCAGGUAUUCGGGGAAUCCUCCUUAAUAGACGAAAUAUUCCUAUUAUGUCAAUGCCAAUUGAAUCAAUGUUAUUAGCUGUGAAUUCGAACUUUUUGGUAUUUUCCGUUUCUUCGGAUGAUAUGAUGGGUCAAUCAUUUGCUUCAUUGGUUUCAACGGUGGCGGCUGCGGAAUCUGCUAUUGGGUUAGCCAUUUUCGUUAUUACUUUCCGAGUCCGAGGGACUAUUGCUGUAGAAUUUAUUAAUAGCAUUCAAGGGUCAGGGCCUUUCUCGCUGGGCGAGCACAUCCUCUUCUCCUUCGUCUCCUCUCCUUUCGCUAAGAGCAUAUGUUAUAACCUUUCCUUCACUUCGCUUCUAAAAUGA